AUGUCAAGUAUUCUUCUGCUAAGAGGGAAAAAUUUGCGACCAAAACACCCGGAAUCACCUACUAGUCCCACUGCUUCUCCUUCGAGAGUGAGGAGAAGGAGAUCCUCUGUCCUCCCCAGUCCUACUACGUUCUUCAAGGGCAGUAGGGUAAUUGGUUGGGAUGUGGGAUCUAAAGGCAGCAAGGUCUCAGUCACCCUCGACCUCUCCACCUUUACGGUUCUCUUAGACGGGAUCCCUGUCCGAGACGCACAGUAUCGUUUCUUGAAGCCUCAAUGUGGAGAGAAACAGGGCCUUCUACGGAUCAGUUUUGCAGCAACCCUUGAACCUCACUCUCACCCUCGUGUUUUUGAAUUGAAAGCCGCCAUCCAUUCAGAUUUUCGUUUGGAUACCGAAAUUCUCCUUUCAGAAGCGACCACCCCCUUGAAGUUGGUGAACCUCACUAACCUCGGUCUCUCCUUUGAUAACUGGGUCCUCUCUACAUCCGCACUUCUGUAA